CCUUUAGCCGGUAGCCCAGGAAGCUUUCGUAACGGGUCCAAAGGGCGUCAAAUGUCAGCUGUUUAUGACCGCGACUUUGGAAGAUAACCGGUGCAUCUACACCCGACCCUCUCAACACAGGCAAUCGCGUCGCUUGGAGGAUCAAAGCAAUACGGGUCUCCACUGUGAAAAAUGCUGUUCCCAUCGGAGGUCUCGUACUUCGUUUCCGGAAGUGUCGUUGCCAUCGUCAGCGUCCUUGUAUGGUACUACCGCCGUAACAAGCACACCCUUCCCAAACUACAUUAUGUCGACUCAGAUCUCCAUCGACACAUCUUAAAAAGCAAACCUGGAUUUACCUCCCCUUACCGGCCGCCAUUUUGGCUUCAGAACAACCAUCUACAUACGAUUAUAGCAACCUUCGUGCCAAAGACCAAAGUUAUUUUCAAGCGGGAGUACAUGGAUCUAGAUGACGGGGGUGUAGUUGCUUUGGACUGGGCACAGGACGGUUCAGAACGUCUUUCAGACAAAAGUACUAUUCUCAUUGUGUUGCCUGGUUUGACGGCGAGCGCGGAUGAUGUGGGCGAACUCUGCAACAUGGCGUCAAAGCGAGGUUACCGAGUUGUGGUAUUCAACAAACGUGGGCACGGGAAUUCCGUAUUGGCCACACCUAAACUGCAAGGGUUUGGUGAUGCGAAGGAUAUGAGACGCUGUGUGGAGUAUGUACGCGAGAAGAAUCCCGCAGCAAAAAUUGUGGCUAUAGGCUCCAGUGCAGGGUCGGGCCUUCUUGCCUCCUAUCUAGGUGAAUAUGGAGCUGACUGUAUCCUGGCAACCGGUGUAUGUAUAUGCCCCGGAUACGACGCCCUGGAACUCUUUACAAAGCGCAUGAAUUUUAUCUACGAAUUUCUUCUUCUUAAGUCGUUGAAGAAAAUCUUGAAGAAACAUGCCAAGGUUUUAUCGCCAUUGCUGGAUCUUGAUGCGGCGUACAGAUCAACACGUUUCAUGGAUUUCGAUACCCAUGUCUAUUGCAAAUUCUACGGGUAUGAAGAUAUUAUUGAGUACUGGAAAUAUAACAACCCAAUGAGAAAUGUCCUCAAUUCAUCAGCUCCCGUUAUGUGCAUAAAUAGCAUGGACGAUCCCAUUUGUGUAGCCAGGAAUAUACCAUUUGACAUGUUUCAAGAGAAGUCUGAUUGGUUGCUGGUGACAACAAACAAGGGAGGCCACUGCGGUUUCCUGGAAGAAUCCACACUGACGCCUUGGUCUGACCGAAUAGCUCUCGAUUACAUUGACGCUGUGCUGGAGUUCCAAGGAGCUGAGAUUGAACAAUAGGUCAACUAUUUGAACAAUUACACAUUUGACCUUUUUUAAAUUUUAAUUUCUCUUCUCUUCUUCAUGAUAUAUACAAGAUUUACAAACGUUGAAAGGGAUUUACAAAAACAAAUUUACAGAAUUCUUUUCUUGAUGACCACUACCUCUAAGUUCAACAUAGAUUUGCAUAUGUAUGAUGUAAGUAGUCUUUCAAAUGUUCUUAAGCUUACACAUCUAUUACCUGUUCAUGUGUUCUUUAACGUCAUAAUAUCAUUGUCGUUAUUUAUGUAUCUACUCUUUCCUUCUGUCUUUGUUACUGCCCCGUGGCCAUUCCGUGUCAGAACAAGUCCCCAUCAAUCUAUGGUGGUCGUCCAAAUGGGCCAGACUCUGUGCCUUGGUUGAUUGCGUGUCAUCGUACCCCGACAGCAUGGAUCGUGGCUCAUAUCAUCAAUCUUUGGAUUGACUCGAUUAUGGAAAGGUCGUCUUCAUAUAGCAUGAAUAUUGCCAAAUUUGGCGUCAAGCAACAUGCACACAAACUUUAUUUUUACUGUACUGCAGAACAAAAGGUUCAACCUAUUGGGCCGCAAUAUGUGCUAUCCAUUCUUGAUCUACGCCCGUCCUCAUAAUAUUGGAAUUUUCAUAAAGCACCACUCUUACGAGCUCACGGAAGCAAUGGAUAUCAACUAUAUCACACCGAAACACAGCAUAUUGAUGUCACAUUCAAUUUCAUUUCAAUAAAGUCAACUGUCACUUGU